AUGAACUCAUCCCUGACGAGGUUUCUAAAGCUCCUUGCCUGCAAGUUCAUCUCUCCUGGGAUCGUUAAGGCGUCGUCAUCCUUCCAGCAGCUCCUUGAUGUUGAGCAAUAUUUGCCAGGUAUGUUGCGUCUUUUUUUCCUUUUCUUAAUACCGUUUGAUACACUAUGAGACCUGUGUGCAGAUUAAUAUUUUUGUUAUUCAGAUUCCUUGCUCGACGUUGGCUUUAUGACAAGGACUUCACUGAACAACCUCGUCAGUUCCGGUGACAUUGACACUGAGGAUGAGAAGCAGUUCUAUGUGGAGGCAAAGUCUUUCUUCAGCAAAGCUUUCGAGUAUGAUGUCAGCCAUAUUCCAGUAAAUGAUGAGCUUCUCGUCAAUGCUGAGAUGGUGCACUUUGAAGAAAGGGAAAAGCUUAAGCCCUCCAUGGGAAAGUACUUUGUACAGAGGUACAGUACUAGUAAGAGUACUUAAAUCAACGAGUGAUUGUUUGAAAAAAGUCUCUAAAACCACUAAUUCCAGGAGCUCGAAAAAGUGUUUGAGAUAAAAAUUCCCUAGGGCCAAUAUGUUUAAAUAUCCAAAAAUUGUUUUCAUAGGGAAUUUUCUCCCCUUCAUUUUCAACUUGUAGUCUGUGUGCACUUUACUCUGCACAAGUGGCACUGCCCUACGACUGUCUCAGUGAAACAGUUAUCAAACGUUUCUCAAUGACUGGUUUCCUUUAUAGAUAUUCCCAAACCUUCUGCCAUUCAUAUCAGCGAGAGAUUCGGAAGAACUGACCCAGGAGGUCCACGACUUUGUUACAAUGGACGAAGAGGAACUUCCGAACUCAGUCAGAGAGUUGCCUAAGGCCUCAGAAGCUGGCAGCCGGCUAAGACCUGACAUUGUUUGGGGCCAUCUGCAAGAGAUGACCACCCCAGACGGCUCUCCAAGAUUGCUCUACUUGUCAUCGCCAUACCGCACUCGAAUGGUGGUGAAGAAAGGGUCCUCUCUAUGA